AUCGUUAAAAAAGAAAAAGGUAACAGUUAAAAAAAAUUGUACCCGAAGGCGAGAAAAAAAAAAUGAAAAAGAAAAAAUUAAAUUAACUGCAAGACUAAAAAAAAAUCACAGGAAAAAUGCCAUGAGUUCCGUGCUUGGCUUUCUCCUCCUCUGGAAUUCUGCUGCUCUCCUUGGUAUUGAAACCGCACUCCUUGGUAGGUGAACUUGGUCUCGGCUGGAUUUCUUGUUGAUCUUCUGGGGGAGGGGCCUGUUGUAGUGAUUCUCAAGUGUCUUUGCCCCAGGCGGAAUUGCACCGCCCUUAUCAGGGGCCGGGUGAGUUAUCCGCUGGGGUUUGCUUUCAGGAGCUUUUGUUCCCUGAGCGCUUUCCGUAGAGUUCCAGAGGACGGGAAUACAAAUGGCGGCCUCCUGGUCUCCGGCCCGGAGGAGCCGAGAGCCCAGGGCCGCACUCCUCAGUGCGCCCUCAGAGAACAGCGCCCAGUUACUCCCGUCUGCCUGACCUCCGGCCGCGCUCCGAGCUCACCGAGCCUGGGACCGGUUCAAGGUUCUUCAAGCCAAUAAGAUUGUGGAUUUUCUAUUGAAGUUUUAGCUACCCUACAUGAUGAAGACCUGUGCCUAUCGUCAGUUGAAAAGUCAUAUAUAUGGGAAGCCCACUCCGUGUGAUUCCAUUCUACCAAGUGUUGAUUUGUCUCCAACGUCUGUCUACUUUUGGACACUAUCUAGUGCCUUCAGGUAUCCAUUUUUUCAGCUAUAUUAAUCUUUUAAAACAAACAAAAAAAUGGAUUUCUUAAACUCAUCUGAUCAAAACUUGACCUCAGAAGAACUGUUAAACAGAAUGCCAUCCAAAAUUCUGGUGUCCCUCACUCUCUCCGGGCUGGCACUGAUGACAACGACCAUCAACUCCCUUGUGAUUGCGGCAAUUAUUGUGACCCGGAAGUUGCACCACCCAGCCAACUAUUUAAUUUGCUCGCUUGCAGUCACAGAUUUUCUUGUAGCUGUCCUGGUGAUGCCUUUCAGCAUCGUGUAUAUUGUGAGAGAGAGCUGGAUUAUGGGGCAAGUGGUCUGUGACAUCUGGCUGAGCGUUGACAUCACGUGCUGCACGUGUUCCAUCUUACAUCUCUCUGCUAUAGCUUUGGAUCGGUAUCGGGCAAUCACAGAUGCUGUGGAGUACUCCAGGAAAAGGACUCCCAAGCAUGCUGGCAUUAUGAUUACAGUUGUUUGGAUUAUAUCCAUUUUUAUCUCUAUGCCUCCUUUAUUCUGGAGGCACCAAGGAACUAGCCGAGAUGAUGAGUGCAUCAUCAAACACGACCACAUUGUUUCCACAAUUUAUUCAACAUUUGGAGCUUUCUACAUCCCAUUAACAUUGAUUUUGAUCCUCUACUACAAAAUAUAUAAAGCAGCAAAAACGUUAUACCACAAGAGACAAGCAAGUAGGAUUGCCAAGGAGGAGGUGAAUGGCCAAGUCCUUUUGGGGAGUGGUGAGAAAAGCACUAGACUAGUCUCCACUCCCUACACAGAAAAAUCUUUAUCUGAUCCAUCAACAGACUUUGAUAAAAUUCAUAACACGGUGAAAAGCCCCAGGUCUGAAUUCAAGCACGAGAAAUCUUGGAGAAGGCAAAAGAUCUCAGGCACAAGAGAACGCAAAGCAGCCACUACCCUAGGAUUAAUCUUGGGUGCAUUUGUGAUAUGUUGGCUGCCUUUCUUUGUUAAAGAAUUGGUUGUUAAUGUCUGUGAAAAGUGUAAAAUUUCUGAAGAAAUGUCAAAUUUUUUGACAUGGCUUGGAUAUCUCAAUUCCCUUAUAAAUCCACUGAUUUAUACAAUCUUUAAUGAAGACUUCAAGAAAGCAUUCCAAAAGCUAGUACGAUGCCGAUGUUAAAGAAAGUUUAUCAUUAAAAGGCUGGGGAUUUCUUGAGGGGAAGUAACGAAAUGGAUGCCGAAUAAUAAAGCAUUUAAACUUUUAGAAGGAAAUAAAUUAAAACUACUAAAAUUAUAAGAACAUAAUUUAUAUUUAACAGCAACAAGACUAUAAAUUUACUGAGUAAAAGAUGUUUCUUUGACCAUCAUUCUAGAGUACUCAAAUGAAAAGAUAAUUUAUUGUUUAUAAACAAUAAUUUCCCUAUGCAAUUGUCCCUAACAGGCUAACUGGAAAUAUAUAUUAUAAUAGUUAUUAUUAAUAACAGUGACUUUCCAGGUUUAUGGCUUAUAAUAGUUACAGAAAAGUGUUCACUUCACAAUAUCUGUAAUUUCUAUAUAAUCCUAUGGUUUUAUUAUAUGAUUCUAUUAUUUUAUAGAAAAGAUAAUUCACCACAAAGCACACAUUUCUCCUACCUAACCACUGUCCCCUCUUCAUCUUACCCUGGGAAAAAACAAGAAGGGGAAGGAGCAAACAAGGCAUCUUGGGGUGUCUGGCUGGCUCAAUCAGGAGAGCAUAUGACUCGAGCUCAGGGUUGAGUUUGAACACCACGUUGUGUAUAAUGAUUACUUAAAAAUAAAAUCUUUAAACAAAACAAGACAAACAAACAAACAAAACCAAGGACUCCUAAUAUGACUGGAGGAAAUGUCAAAGUCAGAGAUUGAUACUGUCUUAGUAUUUAUAUAAUAAAGAGUAUUCAUAAAGUUGAGUUGGGCUUUGCCAGAUAAUUCUGAAUACAGAACUUGUACACAUUUGACAUAUUCUUUUUGUUCAAAACGAAUUCCUAGGAUAAUAUUUUUUAACCAUGUAUUACCAACAUAUGAAAUCAAAACCUUAGCCUAAUAAGAGUAAUUCAAAAAGGGUACAGGGGAGGUGUUCUAAUUGCCCCAUGUUUAUUUAGGAAUCACAUUUAAGGCACUAAGUGCCCUAGGUUACUCACCAUAGUUACUAUAUUCCUAAUGUGUUUUUUAAAAUACAAAAUAGAUUUCGUUUCUGUUAAUAUUAACAACCUCAGUUGCUAAAUAAAAUGUCAGUGGUACUUGGUACUGCAGCUGUUCCAUAUCUACAAUUUAAAAAUUAUAACCGUUAAAAAAACAAAAAAUAAUAAAUAAAUAAUCCCUUUUAUUAGAGGGAAUGUUACAGGAGUUCUUAGAACUGCCCACUGACUUCCAAAACAUCUCUCGUUUUUCAAUUGGUAGAAAUCGACAGGCAAAGAUUCAUAUUAUGUUAAUUAUAAAUAUAUUUUUUAAACAUCUCCCAGUCAGUUAGCCAAAGCUAUGCCAUAAGUUUCUCUAUUUAUUCUCUUUCUUAUAGAAGAAUUUAAAAAUAAAAUAACCAUGCUUCAGAGAUCUCAUUCCAUUUGAACCAGCAAGUUGAUAGGCUGCCUUCUGGAAGGCAUACACCAUCAACCAAGAUCAUUUGAAAAACAAUACAUUCCUUUUUUUUAAGGUACACUUUUAUGUGUAUUUUAAAUAUUGUUUCCUGGUCAGAUACUUAAGAAUACAUCAAUUUUUGUGUAUAUCUAUGACACAUUACUCUCAAUCUAACAAAUAUUUACAGUUCUCAUUCUGUGUAGGGCAUUGAGAUACAGAAAAUAAUGAAACGCAGUUACUUCCCUUAACACAUUUACAAUUUAAAAGGUGAAACACACUGGGCACCUGGCUGGGUAGAUCAUACAACUCUUGAUCUUGGGGUCAUGCAUUCAACCCCACAUAGAGCUUACUUUAAAAAAUAAGAAGAUGAAACAAAGAAACAAAUGAACAUUAUAACAGAAAAGAAAAAACAAAGCUCUGGCAUGGAAGUUGUGUGCAUAAUUAUGAUGAUUCAAAGGAAAAGUUGAUCACAUCUGGUUGAGAAAAAUCAGCAAAAUUUCAUAAAGAAUGUAUCUAAAAUAGAUAAUAAAUAGCAUUUGGCUAAGAGAAAUGGAAAAGCAUACUCCAGGUGGCGGCAACAUCAGGAGUGAAUCCUGCCAGCAUUUCGUGGGUCUUGUUCAUGAAAUAGCAAGGAAUUUGGCAGCUCCUUAGGACAAAAGAAGAGAUGAAAAGAGAAAUUGGCCAUUAUUGUCACUGACUUUGAGUAUCAGAAAAGGAAGUUUACGGUCAAUUUGGCUGUCUGUCAAUGAGUGGUCGCUGAUGUUUUUAGUAGAAAUAUUACAAGUUUAGGUUAAUUCUAAAAAAAUAUGUAUGUUUUAAUGGAUUUGAGCAGAGAGGGUACAGGUGACAGCGACUUCUUGUUAGAAAGCAUAUCAGUAAUCCACAUAAGAGGUGAAGUUCUGAACUUGAUUCUAGCCAUGGGAACAUAAAUAAAAACACAGAAGAGAGACAGUAGGGAAAAAGAAUCUAUAGAAUACAGCAAGGACGCUAACAAGCAGAUAAAUGCAGAGACACUGAGAUAACUUGCUCUCAACUAAAAUGAGCUCAAGAGGGGCACCUGGGUGGCUCAGUGGGUUAAAGCCUCUGCCUUCGGCUCAGGUUAUGAUCCCAGGGUCCUGGGAUCGAGCCCCGCAUCGGGCUCUCUGCUCCGCAGAGAGCCUGCUUCCUCCUCUCUCUCUCUCUCUGCCUACUUGUGAUCUCUGUCUGUCAAAUAAAUAAAUAAAAUCUUUAAAAAAAAAAAAAAAUGAGCUCAAGAGAAGGAGCCUGUUGGUGAAAUGGUGCCUUGAGUUAAACAUUUAAAGUUAAAUGUUAAACACUUAAAGACUUGGGAGAGCUCACAGGCAUGGCUGAGCAGGUCUGGCCCAAGUGAAAAUGACUCAGUUUAUCUGCGACUACUGGCCACCUCUUUCAUCUUCCUUUCUUCUAUCUCCUUAUGCUGUGCUGACAGUCCAAAGCCUACUCUAGUCCCUACCAUUUUCUGCUUGUUCUUCUUGCCGCUUCUCACUAAAACUUGAUUGUGAUUUAUUCAUUCAAAGACCUUGCUAAGUCAGAAAUAAUCUAUUCAAGUAAUUUAUUUACACCCACCUCAGAAAUUUAUUUAGGUAUAUGGGAGAGCUCUAAAAGACACACAACCCAUCCACCAGAAAGAGCAAAUCUCAUGCAGGUGAGGCUCACCCGAAUAUACAUACUACCUUCUCCUCGGAUCUGGACGAAGCCUCAAAUCCAGGGAAAUGAUACUAGCAAGUGACAGGGAAAUUAAAUCUCCCCUCAGAGCUCAGGGAGAAUCGAGUUUAUUAUUUCUGUGUGUAUGAAAUACGUUCUUAAUCCAAAGGGGCCAUAACACAUUAUAGUACUUAUCACUUCAUCUUUGUAUUUCCUCCACAUGCUGAAGGUACAGAUCAUGCCACUCCCAUGAACAAAUAUAAAUGAUUUCUCUUUGAUCUUUAAAUGGUAGGUAAUGUCAGGGCUAAUAAUCUGCCAUUUCCACAUUAAAAAAAAAAUAAAAUAAAGGCCCCACAGGGCAUCACUGAGGCCAAGUCACCUAACUGAGGUGUAAUACCUAACCUAACUGCAGUUUCAACCUCCACCAGAAAUGUAAGUUUUAACUUAUAUUUAGUCAGGAAUUUUCUGAUAAGCACCAAUGAAUGAGGUAAUCUGUCACCUGGGUCCUCUUUGUCCCCCAAGGAAGAUGAAGUAAUCUGCAUAAGACCUCCUGCUUUUCCCCCUAAGGGAAAGUGACCUUGCCUGUUACAAUCCUUUUCUUUUACUAAUAAUUUCCUCCCCCGCCUUCUUCCUAUGAAAAACUUCCAUUUCAUGCAAUUCCUCAGAGCUCCUAAUUCAUGAAUCAUUUAAGAAAGUCAAUUUGAUCUUCAAAUCUACUCAGUUGAAUUUCUCUUAACAGCACUUUCUUUGAAAUUUAUGAAGGAUGUACUUCCCUGAAUAUAUAAGAUGUAUUCUCUUAAGGAAAAUUCCUCAAGUCACUAAAAGCUGAAGAUUUUCACAGAGUAUUUUCACAUCUAUAACAAAUGUAACAAUAUGAUAAUGUAUAUAUUUAACUGAUAAGUAGAGAAAGAAAAUAUAAGUAUCAUAGAAUGUGGUUAAAUAUUAGAUUAAAAAAGUUUAACUUCCUGCUACAAUUUCAAAUACACUAGCAUCAGAGAUUAAGUGGAGGUUUUAUUUUUGCUCUGCUUUUUCUAAAUAUUUUCAGGUUAAGGAUAUAUAAAAGGCAAGGACAAAAAUAUCAAAGGAAGACUGAAAGUCAAACUACUAGAUAUGAAAUUCAGUUCAAUACAUCACUAUGUAUAAAUCAUGUUUGAAAAUCUGCUUCUGGUUAUGAAGGACUAUCUUUAUUUUACUGCUAUAGGAAUAUGGAUUGCCUACUUUAAUACUUUUUCUGUUGGUUUUGUUUCACAAUAGGCCUACGGGGUCAAAUUUAUAGUAUACACAGUUUAUCCAGGCCCUGGCAGCUGAUGGGUCUAUCUUUAAUGUAGGCCCAGUUCUCAUUUUGUAUCUCUAAAACCAAUCUUUUCCCUUUCCUGGUGCAACUUAUUUCCCUCCCCCACUUCUAUUCCUGAGCUCUAACGGUGUGCAAGUUUCCCGUUUGCAAGUCAAGAAAAACUUCUUUGGGGCUCACUUCCAAAUCCUUGCUUAUAUGAGUUAUGUCACUUCCAAACUUUAAAAUUCCCUUGGUAUAUGGGGCACCUGGGUGGCUCAGUCAGUUAAGUGUCUGCCUUUGCUCAAGUUAUGAUCUCAUGGUCCUGGGAUGGAGUCCUGCAUCAGACUCCCUGCUCAGUGGGGAGGCUGCUUCUCCCUCUCCUGCUGCUCCCCCUACCUGUGCUCUUUCUCUCUAUCAAAUAAAUAAAAUCUCUAAAACAACAAAGUAAGGUAAAAUAAAAUAAAAUUCCCUUAGUAGAGUAUAAUCCUCAUAUUUGUUGGCUCUAUCCUAAGCUUGUCCCUCUGAAGCAAGAGUUUUGCUACAGAAAACUUUUCUUGUUGUCUGUUUUGCAGAAAAACAAAAUUUUGUCAAAACAGACAACAACAAAAAAAAUGAAAUAUUAAUUGAAAGCCAAUUACUAGAAAAUGUGUUGUCUUGCUCUACCAAAUUUUGAUGUGAAAUAUUGUUCAAGAGCAAACGAUCAAAAAAAGAGUUCUUGAAAUGUCUUCGAUGCAAAAAAGGUGGUUUUAUUAAAGCAUGGGGACAAGACCCGUGGGCAGAAAGAGCUGCACUGGGGUUGUGAGGGUCAGCUGAUUAUAUACUUUCAAGCUGGGAAGGGUUUAGGGAAAUUGUAAAUCUUUAAGGAAUUUAGAAGCAAGGCUUUCAGGAUUUUGAGGGGCUAGCUGUAAUUAAAAUAAUGUCUUUCACUACUGUCUGCUAAAACCUUAGUCAUGAGACCUUCGGAUGUGUAUCUGUGGGCCAUAUGUUUGGAGUAGGGUUGCUAACAUACUUCUUGGGGGAAAAGAGAUAAAGGAAGUCUCCAAAGGGAUUUUCAUAAGUUAAAGACUUACACAAUCCUGGAGGUAGGGCUAACAUCAGCUAAGGUUACCUUUUGCCUCUACCAAAGUGUACAAGUGUUAACAAUGAGUUAGUUGAGCUCCUGGAGGAAGGUCAUUUUGCCUGUCUCAGUUACUUGACAAUAAGCAGUUAAGUUGUAAGGAAAUUUAAUUUUUUUUGUUUUUGUUUUUGUUUUUUUGCUGUUGUUCUCACAUCAAAUAUCAUGAAAGUAAGGGAGCUUGUAUGCUUCUUGUUGACAUGCUUUCCUCUACAUCAAGGAAUGAAUAGUUGCCUCGUGAAUUUAGACAAGAGCUUUCUUGACUUACAGUCAGAGAAUCGGGUUUAUUAUAUUGCAGAGCAAGGACUGAAGGAUUUUUCCUUAUUAUAUUCUAAAGUCCUUCAGAAACAAUCAUGUUCAAUUCAGAAUGUGUCCCCAUUCAUUCCUUUCAGAGAAUGUGUUCCUAAUAUCCUCCUAAUAAACUCAAAUGAUCACAUUCAGACCUUUAUUCACCAGAAGAUAUUUCUAAAGGCAAGUUAAUAUUUUUGACAUGAAUAAAGUAAUAUUUUCUCAUGAUAUUGUGGUAGUUUUUCUUGGUCUUAUGAAUCAGUAUGUUUUCUCCAUUAUUUAAAAUGAAGUUGUUGUUGAAAAAAAUGUUUUCCAACAUUAUAAUAAAUGUGUGGUUAUUGAUAUAGGACGUCUUCUCUGUAUAAAACAUGAUAGUAGUACUUGAAACCCACCGGCAAAGAUAAAGAUUUUUCAGAAUUUAUACUCUCUACUUAUGCCAGGAAGCAUAAAAAUUCUGAGGGAAAAAAAAUGUGUAAUCUCUUUAUCAAUAGUAAACAACAAUGUCUUGUCCAAGCAGCCUUUCAGUAAAGCUGGCAUUUAGUCACAGGUCUGAUUUCUACCUUGGAGAGUUUCCACCUCUGCAAGGGCAACUAAAUGACCUUAUUGAUUUAUGUCCACACAGCAAAGUUUGCUGUGUCUUUCCUCCUAGUCUCACCAAUAGCCUUUUCAUGAUGUUCUAUGAAUAUUCCUAAUUUAUAUGUAAUUGAUAUUCACUCCUAAAAAGUAUACUUAUUGUAUCAUCAUAUUUUAUAUUGAAUCAUUAUUAAUUAUUAUAAUGUAUUAUGUUGUUGGGUCUCCUGCUUUGAGAUUUCCUUUACCCCAAUCCACUUAAUAAAUAAAAAUUUUGCUCAUCCCCACCCCCCUCCACACAUGUAUACAUCAACAAUUUCCUCCUUGUGUUG